UUAUAUCUAAACAAAGACAAGGGAAUUAUUUUUUUUUUAAAAUGGAAAAAGGCCUUUUGUUGAGUCAAUAGCUUCUAGCCACAAAUUCCCUCUUCAAGAAACAAGAAAGGAUAACAACAACUCCAAAAAAAAAAAAAGAGAAAAAAUGGCACUACAACUUCAACAUUUAUCAUCAUCAUCAACAACUAAAUUCACCACUUUUGCUUCUCAAUUGCUACCAAAUUUCCAAAAUGUUGUGUGUGCCUCCAAAUUAAAAAAUGGAGGCAUAACAAGUCUAAGAUUAUCAUCCUCAAGAAUUAGAAAAAAAAGGACUACAUAUUUGUGUAGAAUAUCAGCUUCACUUUCACCUCUUGAUUUGACUGAAGACAACAUUAUCCAAGUCUUAGAAGAUGCAAAGGCUGAGUUGGCACAACUUUUUGAUACUACAGUUGGGAUAACAGGAAAAGCAGAACUUGCAGAAGUGGAUGGACCUUAUGUGAAACUUAGACUAAGUGGCAAGUUUUGGCAUACACGUUCUACUGUUGUAGCAAGACUUGGUAAUUACUUGAAGCAAAGAAUCCCUGAAAUUUUGGAGGUGGAUAUAGAAGAUGAGAAACAGUUAGAUGAUAGCCCUGCAAACUUUUGAGAUUCAGAGUCAGAGGGAGUCGAAGAGAUACCUUUCAGUUCGUUCAAAGACGAGCAUUACAAAUGGCUCGAUGCUUCUGAAGUCAGUUCAUAUUGAAUUGUCUAAAAGCUCAUCAACCUGUCGCGAGGGAUCCUCAGAGGAGGCACUCGUUUUCGUAGGAUCAUAGCAUCUGUCUUCAUUAGCAGGAUCCUAUUUGUCAUUCAAAGACAAAAGAAUACUAAUAGUUGAGAACAAUUUCCCAAGCAUUA